AUGAAACUUAUAACGUUUUACAUGAUCCAGAUUUCCAUAUAUAAGAGGAAUAUCAAAUCGGUUCAGGAGCUAAUUGUUCUCAAUACAUGUGUUGUGGUCCAAGAAUCAGCUAAUGAAAAUGCUUUGAAAACAGGUACAAAAGCAAGAACUCCAGUUGAAGAUAAAGAACCUGAAUUUAUUUCACAAUACUUGAAAUCCAAUCAAAUCAAACAAGUUUAUCAAUUAUAA